AAUGCCUUUUCGACUUCGAUUGGCUCGUACAAGACCAGCAAUACGGUUUCUUCAAAGUAUAGCACUGAAAUUUUGGGCUUUAUCUGGAGCAUAUUUAUUAUUAUGCUUCCUUUGUUAUUGGAUGUAUGGAAGCAUUCUAGCAUUUUUUCUACUUUGUUUUGCUACUUUAGGAGUUUUGUAUAAUACUGAAGAUCGUCUUUUAUACUAUCCAAAGUUACCUUGUAAUUCUCGAAUUUAUGUACCAGCUCCAUCUUUGCAUAAUUUGCCUUAUGUCAGUAUAUACACAAAAUCUAUUGAUGGAAUUACACUUCAUAUGUUUUUUAUUCCUCAACCAGAACCAAUAAUGAAAAAAGCUCCAACAUUAUUAUUUCUCCAUGGUAAUGCUGGAAAUAUGGGUCACAGACUAGAAAACGUCAAGGGCUUAUACAACAAUAUUCAAUGUAAUAUCCUUAUGAUAGAGUAUAGAGGGUAUGGACUUUCUGAUGGAGCUCCAUCAGAAGAAGGUUUAUACAUGGAUGCGCGAGCUGGGAUUGAAUAUUUAUAUUCUAGAAAUGAUAUAAACAUAAAUGAAAUUAUUGUUUUUGGACGAUCAUUAGGUGGAGCUGUUGCUAUUGAUAUAGCUAUGAAAGAUGAUAUUUCCCAACGAAUUUGGUGCCUUAUUGUAGAAAAUACUUUUACAAGUAUACCAGACAUGGCCACAAUAUUAAUUAAGUUUAAAAUAUUGCAGUAUCUUCCAUUAUUUUGUUACAAAAAUAAGUUUCUGUCAUUGAACAAAAUUCAAUCUUUGACAGUGCCUGCGCUUUUUAUUUCUGGGAGACAAGACAAACUAGUUCCACCUAAAAUGAUGGAUAAACUUUUUGAGGCAUGUGGGAGUUCAUUCAAAAGAAAAGUUCAGAUACUUGAUGGCACUCACAAUGAAACAUGGAACAAAUCAGGCUAUUAUCACCAAAUAGCUACAUUCCUUGACGAAAUAAGAAAAAGUCCUCCACCGCGAACGGCAUCGAAACCAUGGCAUAUCGACGAGGUUUGAUUGUCUAUAAAAUUAAAUGAUUCCAUUUUUUGAUGGACUUAUGCAGUUACUUUAAUGAUAAUUAUUUUUAAGAAUUGUACAAAUGAUUAUCAAGAAAUCAAGUCAGUAACCAUAAAUUUUGCUAAAACGAUUUUAUAUUAAAUAUAAGCAUUUUUAUGUAAUUUUGUUUGUUCCCAAUUCGUUACUUAUACAUUAAGCUUACUACAUAUAGAUACACAUACACACACACGCGCGCGCACACACACAUACACAAAUAUUUUAUGCAAAAUAAUUUUAUUCAAUACUGACUUUUUUAUAAGAACAUUCAAAUAGUUUAUUUCUAAUUUGUGAUACUAAACGACAAAUUAAGUAGUAAUUUCAUAUUCGUUUAUAAAUGUAAGUAAAAGCAUUAUACAAAUUUCAAAAUCUGCUUUAAGUAACUAGAAAAUCUUGAACUAUAAUUUAAUUAAAUGUCUAAUUUUUCUCCAAAGUUAUAUGUUAAAUACUUUAAGUAAUAAAUAUUCUAUUUAAGGCUGUAACAAAGGCAAGCAUAUAAGUAGUUUAAAAAGAAUACUUAUGCAUGUAUGCAUGUAUAGAACUACUGUGAUUUAGUUAGCACAAAUAAAAAGACUUAUGUGGACAUAUAUCUUCCAAGAAUCUCAAUUUCGUUUAUACUUCAAUAUAAA